CGCUAGAGGUCAACGUCGACAGUGUAAACACCAGUUGCCGUCCAGAUACAGGAAACAUCUCUCCCAUACCCAUUCUUAUCUAGUGUCUACCGAAGGAGCUCCGUCUACCUUUCUAGGACGUCUAAUAUCAUCACUCAUCGAGUCUUUCCAUCACAAUGGCUGCCCCCCUUCAAACCACCGAGCUCCAAGAAAUCGCUCAGAAUGCCUGCACCACCGUCCUCGGCUCCGCAACAAAAUACGACCACUCGUCCGUCGCAGGCUGGAACACCGAAAUCAUCAACACAAUCCUACAAUCCCUAAUCUCCCGCACUACCCCCUCCUCCUCCUCCGGCUCCUCCGACACCCCCGCCCCGCAAUACAAGUACAUCGUCAACUCGACGAUAAUCCAGCACCCUUCGGCUCCGUCGGGUAGCGGCGAGCACGCCGGUCGCCGCGGCAUGCACAGCGCGGUGGGUGCGUACUGGAACAAUGAGCGCGACGGGACGUGGAGCUUCAAGUGGGAGGGGGCUGAGGAGAGGGGCAUGGAUGUCGUGGUGAGUGUGACGUGGGUUGGUGUCUAGAGUGGAGCGUCUAUGAAAGGAUCGUUGAUGUCGGGAAGAAGAAAAGGGGAGGGGAAGGAAGAUGUGCGUUGGGAAGAACAUGUUGUGACUGUGGAGUGAAGAGUAUAUAUUUCACAACUUGGAAUGCUGAGUUUGGUGUCAGAAUGUUGUCCUGUUCUUUUCCUGCAUCAUCUGCUCGAACGUCUGCAGUCGUGAGUGAGUCUUGCCUCUUGCCUUGGGCCUCAUUUCGUACGCUGCGUUAUUCCGUUGGCAUACAUGUACGACGACUCGACUCGCUGGCAUGUACACCUCCAGUGUCUCAAGCCAAAGCACA